AUGAGCCAGAGGCGCCCACAAUAUUCGCAGCACCAGCAACGGAGCUGGAGAGGUGAUCCGGACAUAAUCUCGAUGGAAACCAGAAUUCUCCCCAAGAACAUCCCGCCCACUGCCCCAACGACAAUGAGGGGACUCUCCCACGUCGAAAUUCCGGUCAGGAACGUCACCCAGUCGUCUGCAACGCCACCGAUGUCUGCCUCGAGUUUCCUCAAGCCUUCGAAGCGGCCCCAGUCCUCUGAUGCCACCAUGGACCCAACUCCAUCUAAGAGACACCGAAUUGAUAUGCUCCCGCUUUGGCCGACCCCAAAAUCCGAGCCGGGUCAGACAGUAGACACCAGUCCUCCCCCAAUAGAUGUAAAUGCCUCUGCCAAUGAGGCCCUUCCUGGUUCUGACAGCCGCUCUGCCAUUGUGUCGACAGCUCAGUCCAUGUUGGACUCUGUCGCUGCGCCCUCCAUUCGCACAUCAAAUACCGAGCAAAUCAAUUUAUCCUACGCACACAAUCUUGGUACAGAGGCAAUCUUCUUUCGAUUUGGCGACCAGAUUCUCCCUUCGUUCAUUCACAGAAAGGUGCUAUGUGACACGAUUCCGGCUUUCAAGGAAGAACUGAAGCGAGUACAACCAAAUGAACACAUCCUGAACUUCCCGGAAGAAUUGAGCGACACGAUCGAGACGCUCAUCGAGUGGUGUUACAAGUCUAAGCUCCCUGAAGUCACCACAACCACAUCGGCAGAAGAAUGUUACAACAGAAUAAAGCUCUACUGUCUUGCAGCAGCAUACGGAGAGAUCAAACUGAUGAAUGAGUCUAUGGACUUCAUCAUGGCUUACUUGAGAAACAGCCGCCCCCGUUGGGAUGUCAAAUGGUGUGCAUAUGCUUAUGCGAAUACAAAUCGAGGCUCGCCACUGCGCGCACUCGUGGCCAAGUGGUUCCUCCACAAAAUUGCGACCACGAAGGACAAGUUGAGAUGGACAACGGAACAAUUUUCGGAAGUUGCUUCAGCGCAUCCGGACAUGGUAUAUGAUGUUUUCUCGCUCAUGAGAAAGACGAAAAUCAAGGCCAAGAAUCCGAAGAAAGAUGAUCCCGGCGACUACCAUGUCACUCCUACUCCCAUCUAUGAAUUAUCACCAAAUUCACAAGCCAACAAUCGCGCUGAUACCCCGACGACUCUCUACGAAGCAUUCACGCCAGAGCCGGUCGACGGUAGUAUUGACACGCAAAUGGAGUCUACACCGCCGAUCUAUUCUGAUUCGGAGAUGGAGGCCGUAGAGGAUGGCAAAGACUCUGACUUUGACGAAGAUAGAGAGGAAACUGCUUCGGAGCGGGUUGAGGACCACCUUCCCCUGACUCGAAGCAGUGGAAAGCGAGCAAAAUCCAAAAAGAGGGCUUUCACCGCGCCAGCAUAA